AUGCUCUAUUAUUCGGAGAACAUUUGCAAGACGACUGGAAUCUGUAACAAGUAAGUCACCUGACUCAGUUAGUGCCUGUUAUCCAUUUUCAGCAAAUACAUGCAUGUCAAGUACCAUGGCAGUGGUGGGAACACGAAGAAGAAGAAGAAGAAGAAAAACCAGAAGAAGGAGUACGAUUUUGUGCUCUACCUGAAUACUUGCACUCUUUUGAAUGACAAUACGAUUGUUUUUACAUUUUCGGUUUUAUUGCUUGUUUUCUGGUGAAUAAAUCAUGCGCCACGUGUCAUCAACUCAAUACUUGGGUUUAUGGUUCUUUGUGUGUUUCUAAUACAUAUUUUCACUUUGGUCACUUUUCCGAUCUUUUCCUUCAACAAACAAUCCAUAUUUUAACCCAUACUCUUCUUCUUCUUCAACUCAAUUCCGCACUUUAUUUCGCGUGUCCUCUCGAGCGCACACGACCGCCACGUCAUCAAGUUCGAACUCUGCCACUCGCCGAUUCGUCUGCAGUCAGUUCUUGUUGAACGUCAACAUUGGAUCAAUAUGCGAACACUCUUGCUGUUUGUCGCAUGUGUUCACUUCUUUGUCAUCGUGCUUACUCAGAGGGACGGUAAACUGUCGGAGGAAGAAAAUGCGAACGUUCAGGAUAUUUGUGGGCGGAGCCCGUGAGUUGGAUGAGAAGCGGACGGUUCAAUUGGUAAACAUUUCAGUGCGGGAGAGGGCAUAGUACGGAUGCAGUCGAAACUGUCCGACUUCACUACGAACAUUACGAGAGCAGUGGCGAUUUCUCCGAGGCACGUGCUCGUCGGCAGAAGUCUCGGCGUCGACGACAAUUUUGAGUUGAGCGGAACGAAAUACGACAAAACCACUUGUGUCAACGGGUAGGUCCGGAACUCUCCCUUCUUCCUCUAUCAAUCCUUUCAGAAACAUGCCUCUUCUCCCCGGUAUCAAACUGUUUCUCGUCGACAAACCGGACAUAGCGCCCAAGAAAUCAGUUUACAUUGGCGACUGCGAUUCUUCUUUCGGAUUCAUUGUGGUUGAAAUCGAUCACGGGGCAAAACCCGUGUGCAUUCCAAGAUCACGGACAAAUAUAGGCGACAAAGUCGAAAUGCAUUCUGGAGAAGAUGUCAACGCGGAUGUCACGAGUGGGAGUGUGACAGAGGUUGGCUAUUGAGUCCCUAAAUAAAUCAAAAUAAUUAUUUCUCAGAUCUCGGACCAAGUUCCGGAUAAAACAUACUUCACAACUUCGCCAGAGGCACAGACUGGAAAUGGCGUCGUCUUGGCCGUCAAUAAUAAAAUGACGAGUUCGGUCGGAAUCAUGUUCAGCGAAGGAGCGAACUCUGUGCGACAAGUGUCUGUCUAUGACUUUCGUAAAGAGAUUUGUGACAUUACCGGAGUUUGUGAAGUGUAAGUUAUGUGUUGGACAAGACUUUUAAAACCUAGGCCCGCUACGCGGGCCGAACUCGGUAGCGGUAAAAACUGAAAAUCUGUCGGUACAGUUCUGUAAUCAAAUGUUCAGGACUGGGGCACUGUCGAAACAUGAGAAUGCAUUACGGAAGAAAAAUUGUGGCAAGAAACCGUGAGUUAAUAAGUGUUCAGCGUGUGAAUUUUUAGUCUUUUUUAGAGAUUCAUCGAGUGGUGUCUUCUUCGCCAGAUUCUCCUUGACUUCUAACACGUACUUACCGCUCAUUUCUUCCCGUCAUAUCAUCCAUGCUGCCAAGCCAUCUUCUGGUAUAUUUGGCAAGACAGUGAGCGGGAGAUCUGAUGAGUGCAAAGCCAAAAACAAGUAAGAAAUCAUUAAAACCAACAUGUCAAUGCUUUAUUCAGCAUCCUUCCGCUCGCAAAACCGAAACACAAUGCUUUGAUCCGAAGUAUUCAUUACAUUGGAGACUGCGAUACACAGAAUGGAUUGUUCGUGAUAGAACUCGACAUUUCGAAGGAUACAAAGUACGAUGGUCCUUACGUUCCACUUUGCAUUCCAGGUACACUUUCGCAGAAAUGUAAAAGCACAGAGAAUAGCGAAUUGUAGACCGGAACCCGACAACCGAUGAGACUCUGCACUUCCAUGCGACUAAAGAUCGGGGAUCCGAGUCGGACGCGACAGUAAUCGCCUGCUCCGGUCCGGAGCCAGAUGUGUGUGCCAAGCCGAAGAGCGGUGGGACCUUCGAGUUGGUGUCGGUCGAGAGAUGCGAUCCCGAUGGGAAGGACUGCCGGACCACGUUUGUCGGGUCGACAUUCGGGACGAGUGAGAACGAAUCUGGUCCCAAUCACUUUAUGACCAUUCCGUUCAGGCACCGCCGACCAGGCACAACACGCCAAGUCGCUACUGUUCUAUUCGAGGCAAAUCUGCAAAGUGACGGGGGUGUGCAACCACAGAAACCUGGGCGAGAGUGAGAUGAAAUUGAGCGACGACGAGAACAAACUUCUUGUGAAGACGUGCGGAAAGCGGCUAGCGAAAGAGUUGGUUCCCAUCGGUCCGUCCGUGAUCAAUCGAUAUUCACUGAUUUCAGUGAGAUCCCGCCGUGGCAGAGUGCUGUGAAGAUGACGAGCGCAUCGAAUCCAGCCGAGCACAGGAUACUGUCGGGGGUUGUGAUCAGCAAGCGUCACGUCAUCAUCCAUGCUCGCAGUCUGUUCGGAGAGACUGAUUGUGUGCCCAAGUGAGUGGAAAUCUACGAGGAACGAAUGGACGAUAUCUGUUCAGGCAGGAGCUCAAGCAGCGUCUGGAGACGGCGAUCGGCAAGGAAGAGUUCCUGGUGGCCACGAGUCCGUGCUACACGAACGACAGCUACACUUGCGAGUACGUCACUCCAAACCGGGUAAUACAGCCGAAAUUGAAGAACGUUUUAUGCGACAUCUGACUUUUUUUAGGUGGACGUGAGUACCACUUGCAUCAACAAAAAGAGCUCGUGGAUUUGUACUUGUCGAGUUGUACGUGGGAGAGGAGUUUAAAGGAUCGCCGAUCUGCAUGCCAGGUAGAAAAACCCGUUAUUCUGCUCGUUCACUCGGAAUAAUUGCAGCUCCUUCAAUGGAUAUCUUCGGCAAAACGGACGUUUAUAAAGGACAACUGGACGCGGUGAAACCAUCGAGUCCUCCGUCCGUGCGUCCCACAGAGAAAGUUGGUCCCCCGACACACUUCCUGUUCACUUUCUCUCUUUCAGCUUCAUUCGUGCAAUGGGAACUCGUCGACUUCGUGCGUCUCGAGCCUCGAAUCUCGCGAGUACGGGGACUAUCUCGUGUCUGUGAUCGGCGACCAAUCGUUCUUCGCGUCGUUCCUCACCAAGGACGACGAGGCCGACAAGAUCUCGGACGGAACUUUCGACAUCUCCGUCCUCUCGGCUCUCCGCAACUUGCAGCUCAUCUGCGAUUUUGCCAACGUCUGCACCCUCGCCAAGUGAUCCUUUUCCUUUGGGAACUCCCCUUAUUCCUCACUUUUCAGUCACUCGUACCCUACCCUGGCUACACCCCCGCCUCCACCGAAUGUGAAAAUGACAUCGCCUAAAAGACGCGACACCACGACGACCCGUGACGUCGAAAAAAUGUGCGAAACCUCGUAUGUCUGUUAUGAGGAGAACAUUUUCCUGGAGGCUGGCGCACACGUCGGAUGGCUCAUCGGGCCCGUUUUGAUCGCUUUCAUGGCUUUGUAA